UUUUGUUGCUUUUCUGUACGAUUACCAUGCAACCAUAUAAUGCCAAGUAUAUUAUAAUAAUAAUUAAUGAACUCAUUUGAACACAUUCCAAAACACACAAAAAAAAUUUUUAAGUGAAAAAUCAUUCCUAAAAUGUGGGGUAUUUUUAAUAAAAAGGUUUUAAUAAUAAUGUUCUGAACUUCAGUUUGUGAGUAAAGUCUAGAAGCAGCAGGUUAUGGCCUGUAAUUCUCUGAAAAGAUGUUGAAGAUUUGGGUGAAUCAGACCCCACUCUCCCCUCCCUCUGUUUUCUGAACCAGAUGACUGGUGAUUCUGUAAAACAGAAAAAACCAGAUCUCCCACUGGACAAAGCAAACAUGGCACAUUAAUCAGAUGUGGUUCUGCUUUUACUCUGACUUGGGUUUCUGUAGAAACUGAUUAAUUUCAAAUAGAGAAAACGAUGAAUAGAUUUAAAGUAUUUUAAUUUUACCUCCAUGUUUCUUCUGACUGGAGUGUCGUCAUUUAGAAACUUGAGUCAGAGUGAGAAUAUGUGAAAGUUUAGGAGAAUUGAAAAGAGGUCAUCCAACCUACCAACGAUAAAUUAGAAAAAAACUGUGGAAAUGUAAAAAGAGGAUUAAAUUUAUGUAGCAAAAAGAGUCUUUAGCAUUGUCUCAAAUAUCUUGCAACUGUAAAAACAAUCAUUUGAUAUUGCAUAUCUGUUUGCAUGAACAUUCGCUGGUGAAUAUUAAGAAUUACUGAGCAAUUAUGUUUUUCAGUUUUUCACACCAUACGACCAGUGGUGGUGUACCUGCUAUGACCCAGUUUUCCAUGUGGCUUAACACAAUGCAGACACAUGUCUUUCAGUAUCUCUCUUUUGUCACCAAAACCCGCACAACAAAAAGCAGGUGAGAAAACUAAUGAUUUGAAUUCACAUGUGUGAACAGAUAAAAGGUCCAAGAGAAAGAUGAACCUCUUUUUUUGGCUCUCUUGGUCCUUAUUUGAGACUGGUCAGACAGGAAAGUGACGAUGAGAGAGAGAGAAGACGUUCAGCAAAAGGUCUGCAGAGCGGGAUCGAACCCAAGACCUCCAGAUCUGGGUCACACAUUAGAACUACUGCAGCGCUGCAGAAUGAUGGAUGGAUGGAUGUGAAUCUUUCAUAUAAAAUCCAACAUUAAAAGCGUUUGGUCGGAGUAAAUUUACUGUUACUGUAAAUCUAAAUAUUUAUUCAUUGGUUAUAAAUUAUUGAUAAACAUUUAACCCAAUGGCCUCCAGUGGUCCGGAUGUGCGGCUCUUUAAAGAAGCAACAUGAGAAUUGAUCUGGUUGAAGCAACUUCGCAUGCAUCUCUGCAUGUUUGUGUCUCUGCUAUUAUUUUGUUGUUAAGCCCCUUUAGCAAUAGUUUGUGUGUCUCAAAUACUUUAUUUUGUGCAAAUUACUCAAACAGUUAAAAAAGCCCACAUCAUGUACUUCAUUUGACACUGCAGACCUGAUGCAUCAUCAUUUUCCAGUGAAUAUUAAAAAUUUUUGAGCGAUUAACAAGAAUUUUGGAGUUUACCAUCAUGUGACUGAGGGUGGUGUACGUGUUAGUGCCCCUGUUUUCCAUGUGGUUUAACACAAUGCAAAUAAAUGUUUCAGUGUUUCCCUUUUGUCACCGAAGGUCACAAACCAAAACCAGGUGAGAAACGACUUUUCGAAAGGGGCUGUAGUGCAUCAGCUGCAUCCAUGCAACAAUAUAACAACGCAGCGCUGCUUCUGACGCUCAGUGCUGAGGAAAUGUAUGCAGCGCAAAGAAACAUGUUGCUGUUGCAUGUGUGCAUCAGUGCCGGUGUUCUGCUGUGGCUCCCUCGGUGUACCACAGGUGUUUGCACCGAAGGGACACCCAAACAGUGUCAGGAAGCAGAUAUCGCCCCGGGAACCAAUCUGGCAGGCGAAGGCUUUGAUAUAACCACCAUGAAGCGCAAAGGAGCCUUCGUGCUCAACAUGGAUGCAUGGCGACGCAAGAAUAAAAAAUGCACCCUGUGCGUCAACCCCUUCAUGGAGAACAAGAAGCAGAAGCUGCCUCUGUCCGUGCUGGACUGGAGGGCCAAGCAGUCCUGCAACUCCAAGGUGUCGUCCAAGCUGCACAAAUCCAGCGAGUCUCUGGUCAGCUCCACUUCUUCUUCCGUUGAGAACAACUGGAAAGUGGGCUUGGAGUUUCAAACAUUAAAAACGGGCGGGUCGUUGAUGCUGGCUGGAACCAACUCCAAAGUAGCCGAUUACUCCAUGGAGAAAACAAAGAACGACAAAUUCAGCUUCUCCAGCCUCGGCAUGUCCUGCGAGUACUACAGCUACCGAGUGUCGAACUCGCCCAGGCUGCACAGGGAAUUCAGAAAAGCGGUGAAACAGCUUCCUCCGGUGUACAGCUCCAACAGCAAGGCGGAGUUUUAUAAACUCAUCGACAACUUCGGCACCCAUUACAUCAGCAAGGUGAAGUUGGGUGGAGAUGUUCAGUCUGUCACCAGCAUUCGUCAAUGUCAGGCCAGCCUGCAGGGCUUCAGUGCAGAGGAGGUGCAGAUGUGCCUGGAGGUGGAGGCGUCUGCAAGCUUCAGGGUCACAGUAAAAACUGAAUCAAAACACUGCAAGAAGGACGUAGAGAAAUCAGAGAGCAAGACAGCGUUCUCAAGCCUCUUCAGUGACAGGUUUACAGAAAUCAAAGGGGGCCAUACUACAGAGCCAGACCUCCUCUUCUCCGCUGAUAAAGACCCACCGGCCUACAAGGAAUGGCUCAAGUCGAUUCCACAGAGCCCUGAUAUAAUCUCGUAUUCUCUGGGCGCUCUGCAUGAACUCCUGCCUCCUAAAUCAGCAACAUGGUCCAACCUGCGCUCAGCCAUCUCCCAUUACAUCCUGGAGAAAGGUCUGCUGGUCAACUGCACCGAGCGUUGUAGAAAAGAUUCGAAGGAUCAGUGCGUCUGCCAGUGCCAAAAUGAUCCGGCGGUGAACCAGGACUGCUGCCCGGUGAAGAAAGGCAUGGCCCACCUGAAAGUAACCGUACAGAGGGCUACAGGUCUGUAUGGAGACUACUUCACAUCCACAGACGGCUUUGUGAAAGUCUUUUACAAUAAAAAAGAACACCGCACACAAGUCAUCAACAAUGACAACAACCCAAACUGGAAAAGGGUGUUUGAUCUGGGUUCGCAAGAUCUGUCUAUAGCAAAAACAGUGAAAUUUGAAGUCUGGGACCAGGAUAACGGCUGGGACGACGACCUCUUGGGAUCUUGCGAGAAGCUUCUGCAAAACGGCACCAAGGAGGACGUCUGCAACAUGAACCAUGGCCGGCUGUACUUCAAACUGGAAGUGAAAUGUGCUCCGAGUCUGACCGGCCCUUCAUGCUCAGAGUACAAACCUACACCGAUGAAUCAGAGCCUGAAGAAGCUUUACGUGUCGCGUCACGCCCAGCCUAUCCCCAAAGCCAUGCUGCUGGAGAUGGGAGUGUUUCUGAACGAGUCCGUGUCUGCAAAGCUAACCUUUAGGAAAAACCAGAAUAUUACUGCUAAAAGGCAAACAUAUUAUCUUAAAUAAGGCAAAUGUUUAACACUGCAAAAACACAAAAUUAUACCAACUACUUCUGAACAAGUUUCUAGUGAAAAUAUCUUCAUACAUUUGAAAUAACAAAUCUAACUUACAAGUAACUUUUCUGCAAGAUAUUGGAGAUUGUUUUAAGUCAGUAAUUCCUGAAAUGUGACCUAUUAUUCUUCCUUGAACAGAUUAGGAUAGGCUAUGGACUACACAAAAUAUGUUCAUUAAAAUUUUUUUUGCACAAAAUCAUUCUUAGAUUUGAGUCUGUUCAGUUCAGAAUGAGCCGUUUCAUGGCCGUUUCAUGGCCUCUUGUCACUUGAAAUCCAAGCUUCUGCUGGCCACUCCUCCAAACUCAGCAUUUACACUCACACAUGAAAAUGGCUGCAAACAGAUGUGCAACCAUAUAUUUUUGAAAAGCAGAAGUGGGGCCUCCAGCACAACCAACAGGAAUGCAUCAAGUUGUUUCUGCAUGGUAAGUCAACAUCAAAACACUUACCUUUUCCAACAGCCAUUGUACAGCACAUACAGUAGUAAAAUCAGCUGCCUAACCAUGGUGGAGCUCCACUCAGGUUGCUAGGUAACUGGUGGAAUUCUGCUGGGGUUGCUAGGUAACGGGCCUGGGCUUCUGAUUUAUGACAUUACUUUCCGGAGAUGUUUGAAAAGCCUCAAUUUCAAGACACAAAAAACAUUAAUUCAUUGU